AUGGCAGACCUAACUGCUUCCGAAACAAGGAAUGGCGACAACGAUAGCACUCCGGAAAAUCCCAACCGAACUGACCCGAACAAUACGGAAACUCCAGCAAACUCUGGGCAGUUUGACCAAAACGCCAUUCUUCAGGCAAUAACAGCUCAGUUUCAAGAAAUAACAAAACAUAACAAUGAACGUUUGGACGUCAUGGUGUCCCAAAUCGCAGAACUCAGUCAAACGCAAACUCCAUUGCGAGGUCGUAACUUAAUUGGCGACCUCAACUCAGAGGAACCCCCAACUGGAACAGUCCGAUCUACAGCCUUAGGAUCUACUGGCAACCCAGCCACUCAAUCCACCUUCAAUCGCGACGAAGAAUUCGAAGCCAUGAAGGUCAAACUUCGUGAAAUCACCUCACAGAUUCACAAAGCAACCAGUGCAGCUCCCGAAAUUGAUCGCGUUAUCCAAGAGGCACAAAAGACGCCAUUCACUCCUAGAAUCGCUAACACUCCUGUUCGGCACCUUGAGAAGUUAAAACUCAAAACUUACGAAGGAGAUUCCGACCCAAAGCACUUUCUGACAUCUUUUGGCAUCGUCAUGAACCGCUUUCAGUUCCGGACGACAGAAGAAAAAGAUCCAGUGAGGUGUCAGUUUUUCGUUGAAAAUCUCCUAGGAGUUGCUCUCGAUUGGUUCACUCGACUUCAAGUGAACUCCAUAAACAGUUUUGCCGAACUCUCAACAGCGUCCGUUAAACAUUUUUCGAUGUUUAUCGGGCAAAAGACGCGAAAUGCCAAACUAUGGCGAAUGGUUCAGGGAGAAAACGAGAGUCUCCGCGACUUCAUCAAACGUUUCAAGUCAGUUGUCGUCCAUUGCACGGUCAGCGACGAGGCCACCCUCGAGUGUUUGCACAAGGCAACUCGGAUUAAGUCAUCCUUUCACAAAGCGAUCAAACACAACCCACCGCUUACACUCGAGGACGCACUCCAUCGGUCGAACUCAUAUAUUGCAGAGGAGGAAGAGGAGGCCGCCUACGAUCAGAGCAAAUCUUCACAAAAGCAGGUCGACCCAAAAGAGAGACCUAAAAAUGAUAAUAACGAGUCACGUCCGACCUACGAUAGAGGAUUCGACAAUCGACGAAAAUUCACAAGUAACAAUGUCAACUCGGCUCAACCACAGCGACCAUGGAACAACAAAUGGAUUUGCGGUAAUGACGAUCAAGACGAGACAUUGUUCUGCGAAUUCCACAACCGUAAAGGACACAGCACCGAAGAAUGCCGACACUUGAAAGAUUACCUCCUAGAACAAUUCAGAAAAGAUCCAAGACACCGCUGGUACAACCAAACAGAUAACCCACAACCAGCCAGACCCGAGCAGCAAAAACAAGGUCGGGAAAACAACGACACAGACACCCAUGUACCAAAACCUAGGAAACGAGUCAACUUUAUCAUGGGCAAACUCGAGAUGUGCAACUACUCAGUUCGGGGGAUAAAAGAGUAUAGUCGACAGGCGAUUACCGCGUCAAAACUCAGCGCAACAACGACGAGCGGACCAGCCAUUGCAUUCACAGAAGCGGAUACAAUCGGUCUCCAAAUGCCACACAACGAUUCUCUUGUAGUCGACCUACUCUUUGACGAUGUCGAAGUAAGUCGAGUCUUGAUCGACACUGGCAGUUUGGUUAACGUCAUCUUCCGAGAUACACUCGAGCAGAUGGAUUUUCCUAAGGAAAAAAGUAAGGCGGACAUCGAACCGUUAACAGGAUUCACGGGAGAGCAAACCAUGACAGUCGGUACUGUCAAAAUACCGAUCUACGUUGCGGGUGUUGCAAAAACUGUUAAGUUCUUCGUCAUGAAGACACCAGCAAUCUACAACGCCAUCCUCGGAACGCCUUGGCUCCAUGCAAUGAAGGCAGUAGCUUCUACUUAUCAUCAGUGCGUCAAAUUUCCAACUUCAGGAGGAAUUUAUACACUUCGUGGAAAUCAAGCUACAGCUCGAUCAUGUUACAUUAAUGAAUGCAAGCUCCGAAUUGCUAAUCAAUCGUGUGCCAUCAGAGCGAAGUCCGACCCAAUAACUCAAAAGCAGAAGCCACCACAAGAAACGGUAGUUCAGGUCAGCAUCGACGAGACUUUCCCUGAAAGACAGGUCGGUAUAGGUGCCGACCUGGAUCCAGAAAUCAGGGAAGAUAUACUUCAGUUCCUCUGCAAGCACGUGACAACCUUCGCAUGGUCGAUCAGCGAUAUGCCGGGCAUAGAUCCAAAGGUGGCACGCCACGAACUCAAUAUCGACCCUACUUUCAAACCCGUCAAACAAAAAAGACGCAAACUUGGACUUGAAAAGGCACAAGCCGUUAAUGACGAAGUCGAGCGACUACUUCAAGCAGGAUCUAUCACUGAAGUUCGAUAUCCAGAUUGGCUUGCUAAUCCCGUCGUCGUCAAAAAGAAGAACGGGAAAUGGAUAAUUUGCGUUGAUUUCACCGACCUGAAUAAAGCUUGUCCCAAAGACAGUUUCCCUUUACCACAUAUUGAUCGGCUGGUAGAGGCGACCGCAGGAAACGAACUUCUUUCGUUUAUGGACGCAUUCUCCGGUUAUAAUCAAAUACUUAUGCAUCCAGAAGACCGUGAAAAGACUUCUUUUAUCACGGAUCGUGGAAUUUAUUGUUACAAAGUCAUGCCGUUUGGGCUAAAGAACGCUGGGGCGACCUACCAACGAUUUGUUAACCGAAUGUUUGCCAGUCAGCUCGGCCGAACCAUGGAGGUCUACAUUGACGACAUGCUCGUCAAGUCUCUUCUCGCCAAAGAUCAUGUUCGACAUCUCCAAACCUGUUUCGAGAUACUUGACCAGUAUGGCAUGAAGCUAAAUCCUACUAAUUGUACAUUCGGAGUUACGUCCGGUGAAUUUCUCGGAUAUAUUGUGACUCGGAGAGGGAUCGAAGCUAACCCAAAACAGAUAACGGCGAUCCUCGAGCUUCCAUCCCCGACCACGAAGCGCGAAGUCCAAAAGCUUACAGGACGAAUUGCUGCACUAAAUAGAUUCAUAUUUCGAUCAACGGACAAAUGCUUACCUUUUUACCAAAUCCUUCGUGGCAAUAAGCAUCUUGAGUGGAACGACGACUGCGAACACGCAUUCAAACAAUUAAAGGAAUACUUGUCUACUCCUCCGAUUUUAGCCAAACCAGAGGACGGCGAGACCCUGUAUGUGUACAUUGCAGUAUCUGUCUCGGCUGUCAGUAGCGUUCUUGUCAGAGAAGAUCGUGGCGAGCAGAAGCCAAUUUUCUACACAAGCAAAGCACUCAACGACGCGGAGUCACGAUACCCGACCUUAGAAAAAUUGGCAUUGGCUGUUGUCACCUUGGCGCGAAAACUCCGACCCUACUUUCAGUCCCACUCCAUCACGGUGCUCACCGACCAACCGCUCCGCGCUAUCUUGCACAAUCCCAGCCAGUCAGGACGUCUUGCGAAGUGGGCUAUCGAACUAAGCAAGUACGACAUUGGGUACAAAAACCGGACUAGCGCAAAACCACAAGUGUUAGCCGAUUUUUUUAUUGAACUUUCACCCGAACUCAUCAAAGCUGACUUAACCGAAGCUGAAAAAUGGGUGCUUCACGUUGAUGGAUCGUCAUCCUAUAAAGAAUAUGGAAUUGGUAUUCAGCUUAAAACACCGACCGGCAAACUGUUGGAACAAUCUUUUCGUUUAGACUUUCCAGCGUCUAACAACGAAGCCGAAUACGAGACACUUAUCGCCGGCCUCCGUCUUGCAAAGGAAAUCGGCGCACAACAUCUUCACGCCUACUGCGAUUCUCAGCUCGUUGCUAGUCAGUUCAGCGGGGAGUAUGAUACCAAAAAUGAUCGAAUGGAGGCCUACCUACAACUAGUUAAGCAACUCGCAGCAGAGUUCAACACAUUCAACCUUACGAAAAUUCCUCGAGGAGAGAAUGCGCCUGCCGAUGCCUUAGCAGCUCUCGCAUCAAAUUCGGAUCCACAUCUCAAACGAACAAUCCCGAUUGAAAGUAUCUCACGACCCAGUAUCAAAACUAUGAAGGAUUGCAACGUUACUACCCGACGAAGAGAUUAUGAGGCGGAACCGAAUCUUGAACCACCUUUACGACGUCGAAGGCGCACAUUGGGUGACACAAAUCUGCCACUCAAUUUUGAUGGUCGGAUUGACGAGACCGACCUCGUUCAAGAGAACGAAGACGAUGCUGAACUUCCUUCCGAAGGUCGUCACGACCCACUAAAUGUGGACGAAAACGAUGAGGAAGUACCUCCAGAUUGGACGCAAGAAAUUAUAGCAUACUUAGCGAAUGAAGAGCUACCACCGGACAAAUGGGAAGCACACCGACUAAAAAUGCGUGCGGCUCGGUAUAUGAUGAUCAAGGACGGCCUAUUCCGAUGGAGCGCAGCAGGAAUUCUUCUCAUCUGCGUAUCCGGCAAAGAGAUUAAGGAAAUUAUGAAGAAGGUUCACGAAGGAUCAGGUGGGAAUCACUCUGGAGGUCGGUCUCUCGCCCUGAAGAUAAAGAAGGCAAGCUAUUUCUGGCCUACUAUGGUUUCAGUUGCGAAAAAUUUGUCGCUAAGUGUGAGAGGUACCAAAGGCAUGGCCCAAUGAUCAACCUUCCUACUGAACUGUUAACAACCUCCACAGCUCCUUACCCGUUUAUGCGAUGGGCGAUGGACAUCAUAUGCCCUUUUUGCCGAUCCACAACUCAAAAGCAGUUCGUCCUCGUCAUGACGGACUACUUUACCAAAUGGGUCGAAGCCAAAGCCUACCCAGAAAUACACGGAAACGAGGUCAAGAAAUUCGUCUAGAAAAACAUCAUUUGUUGACACGGGAUUCCUUAUGAGAUUGUCACCGACAACGGAUCUCAGUUCACUUCGGCCGUUUUUCAAGACUUUUGCGCUGAAUGGAAAAUUCGAUUGAACUUCUCUACACCUAGGUACCCUCAGGGCAAUGGUCAAGCAGAAGCGACAAACAAAACUAUUAUAGACGGCCUAAAAAAACGGCUCACUGAAAAGAAAGGAACUUGGUCUGACGAACUCGACGGAGUAUUAUGGUCGCAUCGAACAACACCUCGAAGAUCAACAGGACAAUCUCCCUUUUCCUUAGCAUAUGGUGUCGAGGCUCUUUGCCCAGCUGAAAUUUCAAUUCCGCCCAUCAGAAGGACGAUGCUCACUCAAUAUCCCAAAACUAACGACCAAAUGAUGUACGACAAACUUGAUGAACUAGAAGAGCAACGCGACCAAGCAUUACUCCGAAUUCAGAAUUAUCAACACAUGGCGGCGCGAUACUACAACAAGAAAGUUCGAGG